UGCUGUUGGGACCGGUGGGACGCAACACAUGCAAAAUGGCGGAGAUAGACGACUGGGACGCUGAUGACCUGGCGACAGAAGAACAACCAAAGAAGACGGCUGAGGUGGAUAACUGGGACGAUGAGGACGUCGAUGACGACCCAAAGGAUAGUUGGGCCGACGAAGAAGCCGAAUUGAAAAGGGAAGAACCACAGAAAACAGAAAUAGUAACAUCUGAAAAGAAGAAACAAAGUGAAAAAGAACAAGAGGAAGUGAAGGAAAGAUCUGAGGACCAUGAGGAAGGCGCUGAGCUCACCCCUGAGGAGGGGUCGGAGACGGGAGAGCAGCAGGAGAAGCCGGCUGGGGAGCAGGCCAGUGAAGCCACCGCUGUCGCAGGUGUACCAGGUGGGAUCGAUGCCAUGAGCCCGUCCUCUAAAGAGGACUUCAGUGAAUUUGAGAAGGUGCUGAAAGACAAGCUUUGCCCUUAUGAGGGGUCAGUUCAUUACUCUGGCCUGCUGGAGUCCUUGUUUCAAGACCUCUGCAUCUCAAUGGAGAUAGAGGACUUGAAGAAAAUCAACUCCUCCCUUACCAGUCUGCUCAGCGAGAAACAGAAACAAGAGAAGCAACUCAAUAAGGGGAAGAAGAAGAAGAAGGGAGCAGUGACAGUGGGGGGGAUGAAGGCCAAGCUGAAGGAUGACCUUGCGGACUACGGACAGUUUGAGGGAGGCUACACGCAGGACUAUGAGGACUUCAUGUAGAGGCCCCUGCCCGCAUGCCCUCCAACUCCGCUUGAACAUCCAUUUCUUCCCCUCAGAACGAUGCAGUCAUUGUAGUACUGCAACGAUUAACAAAUGGACAGAAAAUUUACUUUUUUAUAAACACCAAACAUGGUGAAUUCGAUUUUCAGAAAUGGAAAAUAAUUUGUUUUUUGGAGUGGUUUUAAGGUCAAUAUGAAUACUCAAGUUUACAUCUUAGGUUUUCAUCUUAUUAAGAUGCUCCAUGACACUGAUGGAUGAUUAUGGUUUUGCUGUUCUUUAUUGUAUUUCAUGGAGUGAAUGAUUCAUGGAAAACCAACUGGUGGGUUAAUUGAUAGUUGGUGGCAGACAUUAGCCUGUCAGACGUUGCUGAAGAACAUCCUAUUGGAGGCUUUCCCUGUAAAAAAUAAUCACUGCAUCCAAAGCAGUGAAUUAACAACAUAAUAAAUCAUCACAUAUGCAGGAAAACUUGUCAACAAAAAGUUUGUGCUUUUCAAAAAAACUAAAUUUUUCUUUAUCGUUUAUUUAAAUGAUGUGACUUUAUUGAGAAUGGCUUCAUUUAAUCUACUGUUACAAAUAAAUAACACUAUCCCAA